UGUACUGUAUCAGUCGGCCGUCGCACGGUUUGAAGUGAUCUUGUAGUUCAUCGAAUCUCAACACAGACCACGUUCACAAUGAAAUCGAUGGUGGUGUUGUUCACUCUGGCUUCCGUGGCUUGCGGCUCCUACUUGCCACUGGCGCAGCCUCCGCACCACGCCGCGUUGGUGCUGGACCCCCACGGCCAUCCUCUGGACACCGCUGAGGUCAUCAACGCUCGUGCUAUCCACCUGCAAGCUAAGGCUCUGGAAGGAUACUAUGCUCCCCUGACUCACUCCGUGGUAGCUCCUCUGGCUCACUCUGUGAUCGCCCCGGUAGCACGUUCCGUGGUUGCCCCUGCAGUGGUCGCCGCGCCCGCUGCGGUGUCUCACCAAUCUCGCGUCGACAUUCAAUCCAGCCCCGCUGUGGUUUCCCACGCCGUUGCCAGUCCCGUCCUUGCCCACUCUGCCUACUCUCCCCUCUUGGCUCAAGGUCUUGCUGGACACGGACACCUGCUGAAGAAGCGUUCUCUGGAUUACAUCGCCUACGCUGCUCCAGUCAUCGCGUCCUCUGCCGUCUCCCAUCAAUCUCGCGUGGAUAUCAUUGAGAAACCUUCCAUAGUGUCUCACUCCGUCAUCGCCCCAGUGGUUUCCACUGUUGCCAGCCCCAACUAUGCAUUGGGUCAUUCAGCGGUUGCCGCUCCCCUGUCCGCACACUCGCUGCUUAGCGCUUCAGUCUGGGGCUCCAGCCUGAACGGUCAUCUCUUAAAAAAGCGAUCCCUGGCUCAUAUCGCAUACGCAGCGCCUCUCAUCGUACCUUCAGCCAUCUCACACCAGUCUCGCGUGGAUGUCAUUCAGAAGCCCGCUGUGGUGUCCCACUCCGUGGUGGCUCCAGUGCUCACUCACGCUGCUCCCCUGGCCGUGGCUCAGGUGGCCCCGGUCAGCUACUCCGCUCCUCUCGCUCCCUCCGCCGUGUGGUCCGCGUCAGCCGCGCAUUUAUCCCAAGCUGGUCUCCUUCAUGCCUCCCACUGGUGAAGCGAAAACUCGAUUCGAUAAACGAUGUAGUUUUCGUUUUAAUAGGUAAUAUUAAAAUGAAUAGACAAAUUAUUAAAUUAAGUAACAAAUUUAA